AUGAGGAAGUAUGCAAAAGUGGAACAACUUUAUAAGGGCAGCUUGAAGCCUCUAUUUGCUGCUCGAAAAAUCACAGACUCCAGAGUAGCUGAGCUGAUGGGGCAGUACACCCUCCUGCAUAAGGCUGUGAUAAGCUUACAGGAGCUGUUGCAGGAAGCCAAAUGUCUUAGUGUAGAACUGGAACAACAACAACAUGAACUGGAAAAAGCAGAGCAGUUCCCUGAAGGAUCUUCCAGUGAAGUUUCCCAAAUAAGACAACAACUUCUUAGUUGCCAAAGUGAAUACAAUGCUAUUAAAGGAAGAGAGUAUGAAUAUCAGUCCAAGAUAGAAUGUUUGCAAGAGGAAAAAAGGCUUUUGGAAAAUGAAUAUGAAAGAAUUCUGAAACAGAAGGUUAAUAAGAAAAGUAAACAGCUGAAAGAAAGUGACAAUGAGCUCUGCAUAGAAGUAAUUCAGAGGAAAGCAGAAAUUGGUGCAAUAAAAGAAGCUAUUUCAUCCAAACAACAGCUGAUAAUAUCGGAUGAGAAAGAAACAAAGAAGCUUCUGGAGAAGCAGGGUCACUUAAAAGAUGAGCUAGUUAAGAUCCUUGAUGUUACAAAACUACUUGGAAAAGAAACGGAGAAGAUAAUUCAGAAAAAAAAGGAUGCAGAGAAGCAGAAUGAGACCCUCAAUGACCAAACAGAAGAGUUGAUUAGAGCCCUGAAAGCCACUGACAAAAGGAAAGAAGAGAUCUUGCAAGAACAAGAAAGUGUCAUGAAGGAGUUGAAUAAGAAACAAAUUUUGCUAGAAAGCAAAGAACGAGAAUUCAUUGCUCUGACAAAGUUACUAGAAAUUAGCAGAGAGAAAGUAUCAGGGAUCCUAUCAGACAGAGAAGUUCUGGAAGAAAAAUUAAAAAAAUGUGCCUUGGAGAAGGAAAAGCAACAUAAUAUCCUCAUCCACAAGCAAACACAGAAAGACAGAGAACUGAGAAAUUUAAAAAAGAUGGAGUUAAAACUGGGUAUGAUUUAUGAUUCCUUGGAACAAGAUAAAUCACAGCAUAAAGCACUCAAAUCAGAGGCAGAAACUAUCUCAAAGAGUAAUGAAGAAUUAUUAGAAAGACGACGAGAGCUGCAGAAGGAAAUUGAAAUGAUCAAGAGAAGUUUGGCUGAACAGGAGAGGAUGUCAGAUAUGGAUGCCCGCGUGUUGGAAAAAUGCAUUGCUGAAGAACAGUUGCUGUUCAAAGAGCAGGAAAAAUGCAGAAGUGAGUUAUCCAGACUUGCACAUCUGACUUGGCUCAGAGAUGAAGAGAGGCAAGAGAAAUCCAGGGAUGCUCAUAAAGCCCAGAUCCAACUCCAAAAUAUUAUUAAAGAAAUGAAAAGAAAGGAUCGUGAAAUAAGAGACUGUAACAGGAGGAAAAAAGAAAUCCAAAACCAACUCCAAGGAUUUGCUAAAAUGUGUGAUCUUAUCCACAAGGAAAGGGAUAAAUGCAUAAGUUUGGCAAAUGCUGCUCGGUGGAAAACAAGGAAAACCGAAAACCAGGUCGAACUGCUACAAAAUGAACUGGGAAAUCUAAGGACUGCUGCUAUAACCAAGGAAAGAAAACUGCAGGAACGACACCUGAAGAUUAAAAAUAACGUAACCAUUAUAGAGCAUCUCAAAACUGAUUGUUGCAAAAUGGUGCAAGUUAUGCAUGAGAUGGAAGAAAAGAUAAAACACCGGUGCCUGAAUCUGGAGAGACUCACCACGAUGGUCAACUGCAUCAAAGAGGAAAUUGUGCAGCUACACAAAAAACACGAAAAAGCCAUUCAGCAACAAAAAGAGAGUGAUCUUCUGCUCAGAAAACGAGAAGAAGUACUAGGCUUGUUACAUGCCAGAAUAGAAAUUCAAGAGAUGAUGUGUAGAAAUAGAGAUACUGAGGUGCAAAUUCUGGAUGAAGAGAUCCAACUGCUGAAGCUGAAGGUAGCUGAGGAAAAGAGGCAGAUUACACAGCAUUUUAAAGAGUUCUCUGUGAGGAAUGCCCGGGCUGCACAUCUGGUGGGACUUCAGACACAGUAUUUGCAGUGCAAGGACAGGAUCAGACAGAUGGAAGAAAUCUUUGCUGAUGCCACAAAUGAGAGUAGAAAGCAAGAAAUGGGAGGGAAGGACCCAUCUCCACCUGAGCUGCUAAAAAAGAUUGAACAGCUGGAGGCAGAGCUCAUGCAGAAGGAGGAGAAGGUGCUGAAGAUGGAUCUCCUGUGUGGGUAUGUGUCCUGGCUGACGGACAGGAUCUGCACUGCCGCGGAGAACAGGAGGCAGCCCACGCUGCUGUUGGCUAGGAGG